AUGACUAUCGCCCACGGUGAGACGGAGCCUCUAUUAGCCAACACCGCCCACGAUGCACCCGUUCGGAGUCGGAGUCGAAACUCGAAGCUGCUCGUUCUCAUCGCGUGCUCCACCUUCAUUUUGGCGGCCGAUUUCGGGUUUUUUAUGGCACAGGCGCCUCAGACGGCCAUUUUCGAAGAGAUCAUCUGUCGCCAUCACGCCAUUCAGUCUCGAGGUAUCAACGCAACGAUUGAUGGGGUCGACCCGUGCAAGUCGGAGUUGGUGCAGGGCGAAUUGGCCCUGAUUUUAGGCUACAGAGACACGUUCGACGUGUUGCCAGGGAUCUUGUUGUUGCUCCCAUUCGGCAUUCUCGCGGACCGCUGGGGCCGCAAACCCGUGCUGUACCUGAGUGUUUUGGGGGUCUUGUUAAGCGAGACUUGGAUUAGACUUGUUUGCUACUUCUCCGAUUUUAUGCCCCUUCGCAUGGUCUGGCUAUCUGGACUAUGGCGGAUGAUCGGCGGCGGAGACCAAGUGGCAUCCAAUGUCUGUCUCGUCAUGGUUGCCGACAUCUUUUCUGAGGAAGAAAGAUCAAACGCUCUCUUCCUUCUGCAAUCCGCCGUGCUCCUUGCAGAGGUCCUGGCCACUCCGCUCAGCGCCUAUCUAAUGACAUUUGAUCCAGCGUUCCCAUAUGUCUUGGGUCUGAUUAUCCUCAUGAUUGGAUCCCUUCCUGUAUUCUUCCUGCCGGAGACGCUUGAAGACGCAAAAGCGAAAAAACCGAGCCAGCAGAAUGUGAGCACCGAUGCCACUGGCCCGACUGACCCAUUGGACAAGGCCGUACUACCGGAGCUCGUUCGCCAGAUACGCGAAUUCAAAGAGUCCACGCGCUUCAUCUGGCGAAACCGGAACGUCUGCCUGAUGAUUGUCACUAUGUUCGUCUCGAAUAUAAGCCGCCAGUCCAGCAACAUGCUCCUCCAAUAUUCAUCCAAGAAGUUCAACUGGAGUAUUGCACGAGCUAGCCUUCUAAUUUCACUGCGGGGCAUCGUUCAGCUCGUCAAUUUCCUCGUCUUGAUGCCGGCUCUGUUCUUCAUUGCCGCCAGGUAUCUUGACCUGCACGGUAAAUACAGGGACUACCGAUUAUGUCAGGCUAGCGGCAUACUUUCGAUCAUCGGCUUCGCCGCCAUGGGCCUUGCGCCUGUCCCCGUCCUCCUGAUCUGUGGCCUGGUCAUUAUGUCGCUAGGCACGACAUUCACAGUCACCACACGCAGUUUGGUGACGUCCCUCGUACCGCCCGACCACGUUGGAACACUGUAUUCGGCCAUUGGGAUCUCACAGGCCAUAGGCGUGUUCGUUGCCGGCCCCUUAUUUGCCUAUCUCUUCAAGCUAGGGAUGCAUCUUGGCAAUGCAUGGAUGGGAAUGCCGUUCUUGCAGGCCGCCCUCUUUUACCUGGUGGCCACGGUCGCCGUAUGGCGGGUUCGGAUCGGAGGGUCAGGUACGGAUGAAGAGCAGGAGCCAUUGGUAUCUGAAUAA